CUUCAACAAUGGCGAGAAAGCAAUUGCCUUCGGGGAGGAACAGAAACCCCAACAACAAUUCCACCAGCCCCGCCACAACCAAAGCCAAAACAAAUAAUUCUCCUAAAACCAUCGCGAAGAGCAGCAACGGAAGCCGAAACAGAAUCACGGAGGCCGCCAAUGGCGAUGCUUCCAGCGAAGAUACGGAAGUAUCCGUUGUUCCGUCCUCGAGUGUGGAAUCGGAAAACGAUGACGCCACGGAUUCCAGUGAGGCGGAGGACGACGGAGUAGAACAGAGGAGCUCGAGCAACGAAGAAGAGGAAGAGGAGGUAGAAGAGGAAGAAGAAGAAGGGGAAGGGGAAGGGGAAGGGGAAGAGGUAGAGGUAGAAGAAGUGGAAGAGGAAGAGGGAGAGGAAGAGGAGGAUGAAGAUGAAGAAAAGAAGCCAAAUAGCGUUAAUAGGAAAGGCAAAAGGGACAAUGCGAAGAGUAAGGGGAAAAAGAGAAGUAGAAAGGAGGAAGACGAAUCGGAGGCGGAGGAGAAGGGCGAGAACGCGCAGUAUGUGUUUCCGAUGAAGCGGAUCAAUCGGAUUGCUAAGGUCGAGAAUCCUGAUCGUAAGUUUUUCCAGGAGGCGGUAUUCGUCAUCAAUAAAGCUUCGGAGAAGUUUCUUCAAGUUUUCUGCAAGGAGGCAUAUGCUUGCGCAUUUCUUGAAAAGAAAAAACAGAUUGCUUACAAUCAUUUGUCUUCAGUAGUUUCCAAACGGAAGCGAUUUCAGUUUAUCUCCGAUUUUGUUCCUGAGAAGACGAAGGCGAAGGAUGCUUUAGCACUAGGGGAAGAGGCUGAGAUGGCGAAGGCUAAGGCUAAGGAGAAAUAAUCUGGAUUGAGUGUACAAAUCUUUCACCAGUCUCUUCCUUGCCUACAUUUUCUAAGUGGCAAAUUCUAUUGAAGAAUUUGUAGAAGAUAAGCUUCUAUUUUUUUUUGUUUUGAGAAAUUCAUUUUUUCUUUUUCUAACCUAUAUGAGCUUACGGCUAUAUUAUUGUUAACUUUAUUGAAAAAAUGCAAGCUUCCUCCAGGUAGAAAUCAUAAA